CGAGUUAUUUUCAAUUGAGAGGAGAGAGGAUUCACAUUUUCUUACACGUCGUUAGAAUCCAAUACUAGUACUUUUGGUGCUAAUACCGAUAUCUUUGAAAUCAACUCACGUAUCUUCAUCGCACUGCGUUGAAGAAGCUUCCUGAAAUACGGUUUCGAUAGUUUCCCGUGAUAUGGAUCUUCCCUCAACCAAUGAUACUGCUGGUCAUCAGCAGGCGAUAGACGAACCCUCAGCCGGUUCAGAAACAUAUACUGCUAGAUAUCCGAAUGGCAGCGCAGCUUUUGACUCCGCAGCCAGCAGCGCCGUUGAAUCCAGCGUAGGUAAGAAUCAGCAUCGCAUUACGCRAACUAAAGUGAACGGAACGGACUUAAACAGCGAUCCAAACCACAAGUGCACAGAGAACGACGAGAGGGACACCGACGCCACCGUUAAAGGGRWUAGUGCCAACAAUACAAAUGCAUCAUUSAAGACUUGGCAGGAUGGUAACUUUGUGGAGACAAGCGAGGAUGGAUCGGAAUUGAAGGAUGACCCAAAUGACAAUAGUAGAAAGGACAAUUUAAUGUCUACAGGCGACAUUAUUCACGGGGAAAAGAACGGUAGCGAGCAUGCGUCAUCUACCGAUACAAAGGAUGAGAAAAAAAACAUCUUCUCAGAGAGACGUAUUGCGAAACGGUUCAGAGUUUCGACAACCAACAGAAGACACCUGAAUAAGAUAUUCAAGGUGAAYAGAAUAUUUUUCGGGGCAGUAGAAGGAGCAAUACCAGGGAAUGUGGAGCUAUGGAAAAUCAUUUACGACGAUGGUGAUGUUGAUGUUUUUUCACGCCCACAACUCAUUGCAGCUCUAAAUUAUUAUGAUGCCAACAAAAAGUUUGAUACCGAUAAUUUCUGCAAGAAACAAAGCUCGUUAUCGCAGCUGGAUAACGGAGAGGAGGAAGAAGAAAAWAAAAUCAACACCGCUUCGACGAAAAGACGGGGCAGAAUGACAAACGCAAAAGCAAGUCCGCCGAAGAAAGCCAAGAACAGGAAGACAAAAGCAGCCAAACCAGAACCUGUGCCUGUAUGGGAGGGCAUMCCAGACGAAGAAAUUGAAGGAGGCUGGCCAAAAGGUGUGAGUAUCGACGUUCUUCCUCUUUUAUUGAGAUGUGCUAUGUUGAGUUACCAGGCGUGUCUCUUUCCACCUAAAAAUGUGUUGAAAAAUUUUAUCUCACAAAGGGUCUUCUCUCGUAUUUCCUGCUCCUCCUUUUGUGACUACCAUUGAUGCAUUUACGCAUGCAGUGGGUAAAGAAACUUUAUUCGAGAAAGGCAGGGGCUACCAAAGGCCAUACAGACAAAUACUAUUACUCACCGAAGCAGAAGAUCAAGCUACGAAGUUUGGUUCAGGUAAGAAAGUUCUUGAAAGCUUUGAAAGAGGCCAACGGAGACGAGAUAACUGCCAAGGAAAAUAUGGGUAAAAUUUCUUGAAAAGACUAUCAUGUGAGUAUUCUUGGAUUGUAAGAAAAGGAAUACUAUCACAUAAUUAUGGUAUUCAAUAGCCUCAUCCAUUACCUGGCAUGUUGAAUGAGCUCAAUGUUUCAAUCAAGCCCCAAAUAAAGGAAGUGAUAAUCC